AUGUGGGUUGAGUGUAUACUCCCAAUCUGUGAAGGUGUACAUGUGUUCGCCAAGCAAUCGUGUCCGUCGGCUAUGUCGGAGAGUGCCACUGUCCACUGUUUCUCUGUUGUUCGAGCUUUGAGUUCGUUGAACCUUGAGGUCUGGAAAGUCGGGUAUGUCGGAGUUGCCACUGUCCACUGUUUCUCCUUUGGGGCUAUGUCGGAGAUUGCCACUGUCCACUGUUUCUCCUUUGUCCGAGCUUUAAGUUCGUUUAACCUUGAGGUCUGGAAUUCUCUUCUGAUUAAGGCCUACAUUUGUGGAAAGACAUCGGCCGGUCCAUGCUUUGCAAAAUCGGUGUCCCCUUCUUAG